AAGACGUCAUGGUUCGAGGUGAGCACGAGAGCAAACAGGGAUGGGGAUGCGCUAGACAGUUGGCAAGAGCUUCUUUCCUCCAGCAUCGUCCCGUCCUCUCUUCAGUUGGUUCGUGUAACAUGCAGUUGUAAUGGUGGGCAAACGAGAGCUAUACCGCGCGGGCAGCACGUACGGCCAGGGUACGCAGCACAAGGAGCGCAGGUCCAAGCAGAAUGAGGAUCUCCGGCCCACGUCUGAGGAUGAUGUAGAAAGCGGACUGCACUCUUAUGCGAAUGGCCAUGCCAACGGAGACGGUCGGCCGAGACCGCGAAUAUGGCGCUUCAAGGAUGCCGCCGACACCGCUAUGGAAGACAAGCGGCGAGAGGAACUGAAGAAAGCGCUACUACAUGGCAUUGACCGAGACGGCCUAGAGAACUUCCGCAAAAGCGACGAUGAGCUCAAGGCGAUCAAGAACAAGAAAGUGCGGGCUUUUUAUGAGGCUCAAAAUCAACGUCUAAACGAUUGGCUUGAAGUGGACGCUGUUGUGAUGGCGGUAGCUGACGAUGUGUUGGAGUCGAUGGAUCCUGAUCCUGACCGAGAUGGCAUCCAAGAGCGAUCCGGAGGUCUGCAAGCUGUCGCAGGCAAUAUAGGCGAGCUUCUGCCGGAAGAAGAGAGAGAGAAGCGCCAGAAAGCGGCCACGCGUGCAAAGUGGGCCAUCAACAUUAAUGUCAUAGCCAACGUUCUGCUUCUCACGGGGAAGAUUGUUGCUGUGUUCAGCUCAGGCUCGCUCUCACUAAUUGCCUCGCUUGUCGACUCUGCCCUGGAUCUUCUCUGCACCAUCAUCGUCUGGACGACGAAUCGACUGGUACAAUGGCGACUAAGCUCACUCCGCAAGAAGUUCCCAGUCGGCAGACGUCGCCUCGAACCGCUUGGCAUCCUCGUAUUCAGCAUUAUCAUGGUCAUAUCCUUUUUGCAGAUCCUGCAAGAGUCAGUCGAGAAGAUCAUACCGUUGCAUGGUAAGGCCGAACAGCUUCCUCCUGUGGCUAUAGGCGCACUGUUGGCAACGGUCGUCAUAAAAGGAAUCAUCUGGUUCGGCUGCGUACCAAUCAAGACCACGCAGGUGCAAGCUCUGGCCCAGGACUGCAAGACCGACGUAAUCUUCAACACCCUCUCGCUCCUGUUUCCGUUCAUCGGCGCCAAAGCCAACGUCUGGUGGCUGGACCCUGUAGGCGCCGGCCUCCUUUCGCUCUUCAUCAUCUACGACUGGGGUGAGACGUGCUUCGAGAACGUCACCCGUCUGUCAGGGCAAGCUGCAUCCGAGAAGUUGCAAAAGAAGCUUCUGUACCUCGCUUAUAGGUUCUCGCCCGUCGUGGACGGCUUCAAGAACGUUACAUCGUACCAUGCGGGAGAUGGGAUAUGGGUGGAAUACGACAUUCUGUUGGAUCCGAACACGAAAUUGAAUCGCAGUCAUGACGUGGCGGAGACGCUGCAGUAUUGUUGCGAAGGCCUUGACGAGGUCGAUCGAGCUUUCGUGACGACAGACUACAGUGCUGGCGGUCCGACUGGUCACGCGCAGGACGCGGAGAGGGCUUGAUCAUGCUCGGGCGGGUUUUGGUUGGCGUUUGUGCGUCACUCGCUGCAUCGUAUGGAGACUUUGGGGUGGAGUAGUCAUUCCGGAUUAUGCAUAGCGUGUCAGGACUACUUGUAAAUUGGUUCAAAAGCGCUGUAGAUUAGUGUACGUUAUUCGGAGGGCUACGCAAGUGGCAUUGUCGGAUCAACAUCUCCAACAAGGCUCAAGCUGUUGUAGAACUCCUCUGCAUCUACGCGGUAU